AUGCAACGUUUGUUAACCUUCAUCCCUCAAAAUUUGAAGGUGGUGCUCAAAGACCCCAUGACGUUCCUGAAACCUUUGUCUAUUGGGUGUAUCCGUAUGUAUCCUGGUGAUGAAUUGGGACGAGGUGCAGGCAAGGGUGGUGGUACUGGUGGUUCUAUUCGGGAUGCUGGUGGAGCAUUUGGCAAAUUAGAAGCACGUAAUGAAGAAGAGUACUUCUAUCGAUUGCAACAACAACAGUUACAUGAAUUAAAGAAGCAUUUAGAAGAUGAACAUGAACGUGAAAAGAAGGAGAUCAAACGACUUGAACACUAUACAGAUCAUGUUUGAAGGAUCAGAGCCUGGUUGCGGAGCAGGAAAGGGCGGUGGUGCCGGUGGUUCUAUUCGUGAAGCUGGUGGUUCACUAGGCAAGAGGGAAGCCACUUUAGAAGAUGAAUACUUCCGACGUUUGGAUAAACAAAACAUCGAAGCACUCAAGGAUAAACUGAAUAAGAAAUCUGAUGUGGAAAAAUAAUCUUCGGCAAAUGAAGUUCAAAUGAGCAAUGGGUCUUCUUUUCUAAUCAUUUUCAUCAUUCGAUAGACAUAAUUUGUGCUAGAAGAGAAAAUUAGGAAGAAAAUAAUCUACCCUCAGUAUUACUUAUGAUUUAAUUCUAAUGAUAUUCCAACUUAUGGACAGAUUUAUGCAAAAUCCCAUUAUACAGUGAAUAUAACCCCAACUUUGUUUUCAAAUAACGAAGGAUAGAUAUUUAUUUGCAAAUUUAUUUCAUAAGAAAUCUGGUACAAUUAGACACAAAAAAAUAGAAGAGAUUGAACAGAACAAGUUUGUGUGUGGGUUGGGAUACUGCACAAGUGCCUAAACUGAAGUAAGUAGGUUGUUAUAAGGCAGCUUAUCUAGGCUUUGAUGUAGAGGUUUAAUCAAAAGAGGGACAUCUUUCUAU